UGUUAGGUCAGGAGGAAGAAGGAAAACGAAUUCAAGAGCUGCACUUAAGCAUCUAGAAUUUUCUGCGUCACACCUCUUGAGAGAAGAGACUGGCUCCAGGUCUGACUCAGUCCACUAUAAACUAGACUCUCUUCUUAAAGCACCAACAUUACUUGAGUCUUUGGAUAAAAUUGAGAAAAGAGUCUACAAGUAUUGUGGACUCUACGGGAGGCAGGAGGCUGACAACUGGCAGUAAAGACAAAGAUGUCAGGCCUGAGGCCCAGCACUCAAGUGGACCCUGAGAUUGAGCUUUUUGUAAAGGCUGGAAGUGAUGGAGAGAGUAUUGGAAACUGUCCCUUUUGCCAACGCCUUUUCAUGAUCCUCUGGCUUAAAGGAGUUAAAUUUAAUGUGACAACGGUUGACAUGACCAGGUACCCUCACCUGAGUCCCAAGUACAAGGAGUCUUUUGAUGUGGGCUGUAACCUCUUUGCCAAAUUUUCUGCAUACAUUAAGAAUACGCAAAAGGAGGCAAAUAAGAAUUUUGAAAAAUCUCUGCUCAAAGAAUUCAAGCGUCUGGAUGACUACUUAAACACCCCACUUUUGGAUGAAAUUGAUCCAGACAGUGCUGAGGAACCCACAGUUUCCAGAAGACUAUUCUUGGAUGGGGAUCAGCUAACACUGGCUGAUUGUAGCUUGUUACCCAAGCUGAAUAUUAUUAAAGUUGCUGCCAAGAAAUAUCGUGACUUUGACAUUCCAGCAGAAUUCUCAGGAGUCUGGCGUUAUCUCCACAAUGCCUAUGCCCGUGAAGAAUUUACCCACACGUGUCCUGAAGACAAAGAAAUUGAAAAUACUUAUGCAAAUGUAGCUAAACAGAAGAGUUAGGACAGCUCUUACAGGAGAAAAGGCUGUAUUUGUGAUCAGAUUUUACUUAAUGACAUAUUAGAAAAGUUUUUGCAAAUAAGAAUAUGAAAAAUACUGUUUCUUCUGUCCAACUCUCUUAUGAAAAGGAACUCUGCAUUUUCUGUUAGCCAUAAACAAUCUGUCCACUGUAUUUUACAGGUCUUCACACUUUUACUUAAUUUUCUUUAUUUGUAUGGCAAACCACUGCAAUCCUGAAUGACAUGGAAAGCAUCACGAUCUUUUGCCCUUUGCUUGAAUUCCUGGAAUGCAUACAUAUAAGCUAAACAGAUGGCUGCAGUUAUAAAUGUCAUAAGUAGAGGUACAAUCUCACCCUGCUCCUUAGAAACAUUUCCAUAUAAAUUGCUAAAAUAAUUCCACAUUUUUGUUAGUUUAAUAUAUACAUGAGUUUAUUUCUGAUACAAAUAACAAAUUCAGAGAGUGAGCAUAUCAGAGAGGCAGAUUCUAAAAGAAUGAUUUUUAAAAUCAGCUCCAGGAAGAGAUCAAGAUCAAUUGGUCGUAGAACAGCAUUUGACGCCUGGAACUAUGACCAUCUUAUGGCCAGAGAUGAGAAUGUAGCCUUUGUGACCAGAUUAUAUUAUUUUUAAAUGAAGAAGCACUCAUUAAAUAAAACGUAAUUUUAAAACACCAGAAAUGAAGUCAACUGAAUCUUUUAUUCAUAGAAAUGAAAAGGAAAAUAAGAAAUGUGGCUGACCAAAAGGUCUUGUUGUUGUCCAUAAAAGGAUAAGGUAAACAGUCCUUGGAUAAUUAUAAAACUUUCUACAAAAGUUAAAAUGUUACAUUACUAUACAUAUUCAGAUUCACUUGUUAAAGUACCCUUAAAUCUGGAAACAAAAGCUGAACUUAACUCUUGCUCCCUCAAAGGAGAAACACAAGCAUAAGUGCAGCAUUUAAAAAGGAAAAUAUGGGGUUAUAUUUAGUUUUUGGUUGAUAACCUUUGAGAUACAUCCUCUCAUCAGCAUAUUUCAGAAUACAUGCAAUACACUAGCAAGUUACAAUUGAUAGAAUACAUUUGAAAUAAGCCAGGCACAGAAAGAUAAACACCACAUGAUCUCACUCAUAUGUGGAAUUUUAAAAAGUUGAUGUCACACAAGUAGAGGGUAGAAUCAUGGUUACCGGGGGCUGGGCAGAGAAAGAAGGCAGAGGCACUGAAAGAUGUUGGUAAGUGCCCAUUAUACAUUUAAAAAUAAAUUUUAAAAACCUUCAGUUAAACAACUCUUGAUUUAAAGGAAAAAUAUAAACCAAAACUACAGUACCUCUAAAACAAAUAAUGAUGAUGUAAACACUUCAUAUCAGAAUCCAUGGGAUAAAUAUAAAGCAGUGAUCAGAGGAAAUUUUAUAACACGAAACACUGCUAUUAGUAAAAAUAAAAGAUUGAAAAUAAAUUGAUUAAAUAUUGAGCUAACAAAAAUUUUUUAAAUGUGCACAACAAUGUGAAUAUACUUAACACUUCUCAACUCUCUGCUUCAAAAUAGUUAAGAUUAUGAGUUUUAAGCUAUGUGUUUUUAACACAACUUAAAAAAAAUGUCCAAAGGGAUGGUGGUAGAGCACCAGCAAAAAAACAAAAAGAAACUUAUAAUAAGUACAACAAAUUAAGUAAAAAAAGUAUCAAUCCCCAGAGAGUUUCACAGGGAAAUUCUACCAAACAACAAAUUAAGUAAAAGAACACAAGAAAUUAACAAAAAAAGUAAGAAUUAACAAGAGAAUCGAAAUAGCAUACACCUAGUUAAUGAAUCAAAAUAUAGUCUCAAAGUAACUUUGUGAAACAGUGUUUCUUCUGGAAAAUAUAAAACAAAACAAAAUAUAAAGAAACUAUACAUAAACA